AUGACGUAUGUGACUGGAGGCAAUAUAGUAGCCAAGCGCUCACCAUGGAGAUUAUCUAUUGUAAUUGACACGGUCUGGGGUAUUGUCAACUUUGUGGGGCUCUUUGUAACAUCACUUUUCUCCGAUCCAUUGACAGCAUCUCGUCCGAAUAGCAACAUUCGUCAAAACUCGUUGUCUACUCGUGGGAUUGGUGGUAAUGGUGGUCCAUGUCGACCAAUGGGAAGAGUGAACCAUCAAGGCACUAAUAACAUGCCAAUGGGCGGUGGAUGCUGUGGUUAA